GCAGCCUCUAUGCUGGACACGUGAUUCCCAUUCAUUAUUGAUCGCCUUCCUGCUGAUGUAGCUGAAAUAGGCAUUGGAUAAAGAAAUAACCCGGAAUCAAUGCUCCAUUGAUCUGCAAAGGAUUUGCAAAGAAAUGUCCAGUGUCUUAACAUGAAUUAAGAUCAGAAAAAAAAACAAAACCCAGAAGACAGAACUGUCCCAUCCUGGAGGCUACAUAAUUGAAGACAUUGUUGCAGGAUGAAAAGAUGGCAGCGCACAUGCUUGCACCGCCAGGCCCUGAUAGUUUCCGCCUUUUCACCCGUGAGUCUUUGGCUAUCAUUGAGCAGCGGAUUGCUGAGGAGAAGAAAAAAAAGCCCCCCAAGCAAGACAGCAGCCACCGAGAUGAUGAUGAUCAAAAUAAGCUUAAACCAAACAGCGACCUUGAAGCAGGCAGAAGUUUGCCAUUUAUCUAUGGCGAACCCCCUCCUAAAUGCAUUGCUGAACCAUUGGAGGACUUGGACCCUUUUUAUAUAAAUCAGAAAACCUUUAUAGUACUAAACAGAGGAAAAGCUAUCUUCCGAUUUAGUGCCACACCUGCCAUGUACAUUUUAGGCCCUUUGAAUCCACUGAGGAGAUACGCUAUUAAAAUUUUGAUACAUUCAGUGUUCAGCAUGAUUAUUAUGGCCACUAUUUUGACCAACUGUGUAUUCAUGACUUUUAGUAAACCCCCAGACUGGUCUAAGCAGGUGGAGUACACAUUUACCGGCAUUUAUACAUUUGAAUCUCUUGUAAAAAUGAUUGCAAGAGGAUUCUGCAUAGAUAGCUUUACAUUUCUACGUGAUCCAUGGAAUUGGUUGGAUUUCAGUGUAAUAAUGAUGGCAUAUGUGACAGAGUUUGUGGACCUUGGCAAUGUGUCAGCAUUGAGAACAUUCAGAGUUCUCCGAGCUUUGAAAACUAUCUCAGUCAUUCCAGGCCUGAAGACCAUUGUGGGUGCUCUAAUCCAAUCUGUGAAGAAGCUGUCUGAUGUAAUGAUUUUGACUGUAUUCUGCCUGAGUGUCUUUGCCCUUAUCGGACUCCAGUUGUUUAUGGGCAACUUGAGGCACAAGUGUGUCAUUUGGCCACCCAAUCCAACGUAUCUAAAUGCCACAGAUGAAAAUGGAACAGAGAUUUUUGACUUUAAUGACUACAUUAUGAACGACACAAAUUUCUACUGGGUGGCAGGAAUGGCUGAUCCAUUGCUUUGUGGUAAUAGCACAGAUGCUGGCCAAUGUCCUGAAGGGUAUGUGUGCAUGAAGGCAGGAAGAAAUCCUAACUAUGGGUACACCAGCUUCGACACGUUUGGUUGGGCUUUUCUAGCCUUGUUUCGACUCAUGACACAGGAUUUCUGGGAGAAUUUGUACCAGCUAACAUUAAGAGCAGCAGGGAAGACGUACAUGAUCUUCUUUGUUCUUGUCAUCUUCGUGGGUUCUUUUUACCUGGUCAACCUGAUUCUGGCUGUUGUCGCCAUGGCCUAUGAGGAGCAGAACCAGGCUACCCUGGAGGAAGCUGAGCAGAAAGAGCAGGAGUUCAAACAGAUGCUGGAACAACUGAAGAAGCAGCAAGAGGAUGCUCUGCUGGCUGCUGCGACAGCCACCUCUGCGGGCACUGUUUCAGAAGAUGCGCUUGAUGAAGAUGAGGAAGGAAGAAUGUCACAAAGCUCAUCAGAGUUGUCGAAACUCAGCUCAAAAAGUGCCAAGGAAAGGAGGAACAGGCGGAGGAAGCGGAAGCAGACAAGGGGACAUUCGGAAGGGGAGGAGAAAGGCGACCAUGAAAAGAUUUUAAAGUCAGAAUCUGACAAUGGAAUCAGUAAACGGGGCAGGCAUUUAACACACGGAAUGAAAUAUCCCAUGAACCAGUCUCAACUGAGCAUCUUGGGGUCCCCGAACCUAACGCGGUUUGACAGCAAAAGCAGCAUUUUCAGUAUUAGAGAUCGGAAAGAACCGGGUUCGGAAACAGAAUUUGCUGAUGAUGAGCACAGCACGGUGGAAGAGACAGAUGGCAACCGGAAAAAUUCUUUGUUUGUUCCGAACAGGGAACCCAACAGGAGGAAUAGCUACAGUGGCUACAGUCAACCCAGCAAGUCAUCAAAAAUGUUUCCUGUCCUUCCAGUCAAUGUGAAAAGGAACAGCACAGUGGACUGCAAUGGUGUGGUCUCACUAAUCGGUGGCCCAGGAGCUACCCUCCCUGGUGGACGCCUACUGCCUGAGCCUACUACUGAAAUCGAGAGCAAGAAGAAACAUUCGGGCUCCCUCCUGGUGUCGAUGGACCAGUUGAAUGCAUCUUUCGGAAGGAAGGACAGAGCGAACAGUGUUCUAAGUGUUCUGACAAACACUCUGGAAGAGCUCGAAGAGUCUCAGAGGAAGUGCCCACCCUGCUGGUAUAAAUUUGCAAAUAUGUUUCUCAUCUGGGAAUGCUGCCCCCUCUGGUUGAAGCUGAAAGAGUACAUGCAUCUGUUUGUGUUUGAUCCAUUCGUGGACCUAGCCAUUACCAUUUGUAUUGCACUCAAUACCCUCUUCAUGGCAAUGGAGCACUACCCAAUGACGCCGUCCUUUGAAAAUGUUUUGGCUGUGGGAAACCUGGUUUUCACUGCAAUCUUCGCAGCAGAAAUGUUUAUGAAGCUGAUAGCGAUGGACCCUUACUACUAUUUUCAGGAAGGGUGGAACAUUUUUGAUGGCUUUAUAGUGUCCCUCAGUUUAAUGGAGCUUGGUCUGGCAAAUGUUGAAGGACUGUCUGUGCUGAGGUCCUUCAGAUUGUUGAGAGUUUUCAAACUGGCAAAGUCCUGGCCAACACUCAACAUGUUGAUAAAAAUUAUCGGCAACUCUGUUGGUGCCUUAGGAAACUUGACAUUGGUGUUGGCGAUCAUUGUUUUCAUCUUUGCUGUGGUGGGCAUGCAGCUCUUUGGGAAAAGCUACAAGGACUGCGUCUGUAAGAUCCAUGCCAAUUGUAUUCUGCCCCGUUGGCACAUGAAUGACUUCUUCCACUCUUUCCUGAUUGUGUUCCGUGUGCUGUGCGGUGAAUGGAUUGAGACAAUGUGGGACUGUAUGGAAGUGGCAGGCCAGACCAUGUGUCUCAUUGUGUUCAUGAUGGUCAUGGUCAUCGGCAAUCUUGUAGUGCUGAACCUGUUCCUGGCCUUGUUGCUGAGCUCUUUCAGUGCUGAUAAUCUUGCAGCGACUGACGAUGACGGUGAGAUCAACAACCUUCAGUUGUCUGUGAUUAGGAUCAAGAAGGGAAUCGCCUUUGUGAAGGCCUAUGGGCGUGCAUUUGUUCAAAAACAUUUCAAGAGCAAAGAUGCAGAUGAGGCCAAACCACUGGACGAGCUCAUAGAUAAAAAGGUGAAUUACAUCGGAAACCAUACUGGUGCUGAUAUCAACCGAGAAAUGGACUACCAAAAGAAUGGCAAUGGCACCACCAGUGGCAUAGGGAGCAGUGUGGAAAAAUACAUAAUUGAUGAUGACCACAAUUCCUUUAUCCACAAUCCUAAUCUUACUGUCAGAGUUCCAAUAGCAGUUGGGGAGUCGGACUUUGAAAACCUAAAUACUGAAGACUUCAGCAGCGAAUCUGAAGUUGGUGGGAGCAAGGAGAAACUGGAUGACACCAGCUCGUCAGAAGGAAGCACAAUAGAUAUAAAGCCAGAAGGAGAAGAGGGGCCACCAGUCGAGCAACCUGAAGAGUACUUAGACCCUGAAGCAUGUUUCACUGAUGGUUGUGUGCAACGUUUUAAAUGCUGUCAAGUGAGCAUUGAGGAAGGCUGGGGCAAACCAUGGUGGACUUUGCGAAAGACCUGCUUCUUAAUUGUGGAGCAUAACUGGUUUGAAACCUUCAUCGUUUUUAUGAUUCUGCUCAGCAGCGGAGCACUGGCUUUUGAAGAUAUUUACAUUGAACAGCGGAAGACAAUCCGGACCAUCCUUGAGUAUGCUGACAAGAUCUUCACAUAUAUCUUCAUCCUUGAGAUGUUGUUGAAGUGGACAGCCUAUGGAUUUCAAAAAUACUUCACGAAUGCAUGGUGUUGGCUGGAUUUCCUCAUUGUUGACAGUCUUGGACGAUCAGCACCUUUACUUUUCCUUUUGGCUUCGGGUACAAUAACCAUUGUAAACAGGUGGACGUGAGCAUGCUUAGUAUUCCGUCUUGUCUGAAGGUACCUUUUAUUUGUGUGGCUUAAUUUUCUGGGCUUUUUCUCCCCUCACUUCGAUCGGAUCUUCACAAAGUAAAGGGCAAGGGUUGUCGUCAACGCUUUGGUGGGUGCCAUU